AUGAUAAAAAUAUUGCUCUGUAUUUUAUUUCUAAACUACAUCUCUGCCGAGAUUAAUUCCGAUAAAUUUAAAAUUUUGAUUACUGUACGUGAGUCGAAAUCAUUCAUCAAUGAUAUUGAUGGUUUAUCCUCGAAUCACACACUUAUUUAUCUACUUUAUACAUACACUGAACCAUAUCAAUUAGUAAAACUAAAUACUUCAACAUUGCAUCCACUAGCACGUGCAAUAUUACCAUUUCAUUAUAAUGAUACAACAUUUCGACAAGAUUUUUUUCUUUUGACAUUUUCCGACGAUCAACUGUUUGUGGGUUAUGUAGAAGAUCUAGGACGACCAGAAGCAGCAACAUGGCUACAAGCCAUCGAUUUACGCUCGAUGACAAUCAACGACAAUCUGAAGCAAGGAUUUCCAUUCAAACAAUUUACUGGUUUCCCUUUGUUUCAAGCUAUAUCUAAUCAACAAAAAAUUAUUGUUAAUCUCUGGCAAUGGGAUUUGACUACAAAAAGCAUAACAAAACCUCAAAUCAUUAAUGGUCAAUUACCUUCUACAGACCCAUACGACAGUUGGCUUCUUCCUAGUAUUUCUUCUCUAGAUGAAACUCCUCAAUUACUUCUGAUGUACAAUGAAAAUAUCCUAUAUACGCUUAAUGUUAGUUCGUCAUCGCAGUGGAUAAUCAACACACAACUAUCGAAUAUUCAGUUAGAUUUUUUGUCAAAAUCAUUCUCAUUUCAUAUGGAUGUUGUCAAUGCAAGCACGAUUGCUGUAGCUGAUGAUCAAAUGAAUAUUUUCAUUUAUAAUCUUUAUAACCAACAGUUGUCAACGACGUUGAAUUUACGAAAGAUGUUUCCUGAUUAUCCACGCAUGUCAGAACAGAUAGCAAGUAAUUUACGAGCUAAUGAUCAGUAUGUCUAUGUAACGAGUUCAACCAAUGUUGAACCAUUUGAUCAACAAUAUUUAUUUCGUAUUCGUCUCAAUGAUACGAUGAAAGGUGUUGAUUUACUUUCAUUCGCGGAUGAAAACUAUGGCUUAACAGAAUUAGUCACAUUCGCAGAUACUGUUUAUUCAUUUGAGCGAUUGUAUGAAGCUGAAGAUUAUUUCAAUAUAUACAAAAUUGGAACACCUCGUAAAAAUACCUAUUAG